AUGACAGUCCGGACGCCGUCCAAGCCUGAUUCUCUCUCAGCCCUCACUUUUGCCCUAAUCACCUCUUUCCUCCCAGGCACCUCCGCCUCGCACGCCGACCUAUCUCAACUCCAAGCCUGGGCUCUCCGCGAACUCCGGAAUGAUGCGCAAGGCUCCACACGGCGAGAAUGGGAGGACGUACGCCGGACGCUCGAGGGCCUGAGGAGGAAAGCGGGGUUCAAGGUGCAAGAUGCGCUAGAGGGGGGGUUGGGGAAGGUGUUGAGGGUCUUGGAAAGUCAGAGGGGAGGUGGAGGGAGGGAGUGGGAUGAGGGGUUGCCUAUUACUGUAUCCAAUCUCGCUCAGCAUGUCCAGCUAUUGCUGAACCUCUCCACACCUCCCACGGCAGCAACUCACGACUUGGCCGAAUCAUACCUCAUCCGACAACCUCCUUCCGGUCCGACAGCAGACCAGAUCCUCUACGCCGAAAUCAUGUCUACCCCUUUCCGGGGGGAACACUGGGGCGCGAGUUACGACGAAGAGGUCCAUUCUGGCUGGUCAGAAUCUAGCGGAUCUUCCUCGCACGACGGAUCAUCGAGCGAUGAGGAGCAGGAGCAAGUAUGGACGCCGACGAGUGCGCGGGUGGCCAAGGCGAAACGAGGCACUGCGGAUCUAACGGCGAUGCGGCGGGGCUUGGAAGAGGAGGAGAGAGCGAGAGAGGCCAGGGCGAUAUUGGAAGAUCUGGGGGAGAGAUCGUAUUGGCGUAAGCCUGGUGUCGAGGUGGAGCCUGUCCCGGAAGGGGUGUAUGGGUGGAAGGAGAUGAGUACUGGCGUGUCAUCUUUCGCUCUCUCGGAGCGUAUCUUGACUACCGGGGGACGAGUCAAACUCAUCUCCGCUGCUCAACUCCAACGAGAGAUGCUCUUCGCCCUAUCUGGCCGCCCGAAUCUUUUGCUCAAUCUCUCCGACGCGGCGCCAUACUGCACAAUCAUUCCUGACCAUCCCAACACAAUCCACUACUCCCGCUCGGCUCUACACGGCAUCCUCCUCCGUCUUGAGGCCCGUUCAGCCCAACUCGCGCAACUGCGCACCGCCUCCCAAGCAGCGCCAACAAGCAAGACCCAUGCCGCUUUCAUUGAGUCCCUCCGGUCGGUCUUGCAGGGUAUAUCCACCUGGAUCUCCGAGCUGGAGAGCGAUCUCAUCCGCGGUUGCUGUCAAGCUCCCGGUUCGUCCUUUUCGGCUGCGGCGGCGGGGACUCCGAUCUCCCUCCUCCUGGCGUUUGAUACGGCUCAUGGAGAUAUACUGGACUACCUUACCUCGGCUCUUCCAUCUGUCGGUUUCUCUGUCCGGCUGACUAACACUCUCUACACGAUUUACACCUCCUCCCUCCCCUCAAAAACGGGAACAAGCCAGCGUCUUCUGGAUAUAUUCAUCGAUACCGCCGAGCCCCUCUGGCGGACGCUCGGCCGCUGGCUUCAGGAGGGUAUGCCCAUCCCCUCUACGCUCCUGGAGGAUGAGGUCUUAGGAAACGGGAUGGAGGAGCUGGAUGAUGAAAAGGCGUUUGACGAAGAGUUUUGGAUAAGGAGGGACAGGGACGUUUCGUGGGCUGAUGAGGAUUUUUGGGAGUGUGCUUGGGUCGUACAGGGCAGAGAAGGGGAUGGAGAUGGGGGUGGAGGAUGGCCGGUAUGGCUCGAAGAAGGUGUGCGGGGAAGGAUCAUAGAAGCCGGAAAGGCGAGGGGUCUGCUAAGGGGCUUAAAGACUGAAAGUGGUGGGACGGGGAGGGUAACGUGGAAGACGUUGAGAGAGGUGCUCCGGCCUUCAACAUCGGGAGUGAUAUCCUCGGUCGACGUGCAUUCGGACACCAAAGCGGCGGACAACGUCGACUCCGAGAUCGAUAUCCGCUCGACAAUCCUCACUGUCCUCAAACCCAUAUGCGACCUCGCCAUCGCCCAAAUGCGCUCGGUCCUGGAGGACGAAUGUGGGCUGAUGGCGCACCUAGAAGCUGUGGAGGGGACGAUGUACAUGCGGUCUUUUGGCGUGGUGGAUGAGUGGUCAGGAUGGCUUUAUGCGCAGGUGAGUGAAGGCCGCACAUGGGCAGACUUCCAGACUCUCUCGUCGACGUAUCGGGAGAUCAUCCGGAUUCAGGGUGAAACAUGGAUGAACGCGCCUGCCAUCAGGCUGUCUCUGGCUUCUCGACUGAAGGAUCAGACGGGAGUGGCGGCUAUUGGCCUCAUCAAGGUGGAUUAUCAGGUCCCGUUCCCCCUGUCGCAAUUGUUCUCGCCUACAUCGAUGGAACUGCGCGCCGAGGUAUUCACGUUUCUGCUGCAGUUUGGAUAUGCGCGUGAGGGCGUACGGAGGCUUCACUCGGACGCACUACGGGGCAAGGGACUAAGGGGGGCAGGGAGGGAGAUGAGGAGGGUAUUGGGGAUGAAGCAGCGGUUGAUCUGGGUGCUGGAUACGAUCUGGGUGUGGAUACGUGAUCGAGUCAUCGAGCCCCUGACUAGGGCGUAUCGUGCGCGUCUGGCGGAGACUAUGUCGCUAGGCGAGAUGAUCCAACUGGAACUCGCACAUACGCGCGCAAUCAGGAAAUACUGCUUCUUGCACGAUAGCACAUCAAUAAUCAACGGAUGUAUCCACGAUCUCCUCGAUCUGUCUCAGACACUGGUCGACUGUUUUCUCGCCGCCGAGGCGGAGGUCCGAUCGACAAGUCUGCUCCUGGUCCCCAAGACGCCGCAGUAUGUCACGGGUCGGUCUCGACGUCGACAGCGGCGCGCAGGCGCGGGUGCGGGACGGCGGAGGAUUGCUGUAGAGUCUGAUUCCGAUUCUGGCGCCGACGAUGAGGGCGGAGGGGGCGAGACGACAGGUCAGGAAGGGACCGUAUCCUUUUCUGGGCUGAGUCCGGGGAAGAGAGUGGAGAGGAUGGAAGAGAGGAUGGAGGAGGUGGUCCAGGUCUUUAAGGAUGGAGUGGAAGAUCUGACGCUGGGGGAAGGGGGCGGGACGGACGCAGCGGAGAGGGAGAUAUGGGGUAUGUUGUCGUUCGCGCUGGAAUAUUGGCAAGGACGGACACGGACAAUCAGCGACGACAUAGAUCUACCGGUAUAG